AUGCCGUUGAUACUUGACUCGGCCCCUUCGUCAACGUCCAGCGAAGACUCCCCCGAUGCGCGUGAGGAGCGGCGUCGUCUCCACCAUGAAGCGGACGUAGUGAUCAUCGGGGCGGGCGUCGCGGGAUGCGCCAUGGCCGUUGCGCUCGGAAAACAGGGUCGGAGUGUGAUAUUGCUGGAGAAGAGUCUGAAAGAGCCGGAUCGGAUUGUCGGAGAACUUCUCCAGCCGGGAGGAGUAGUGUCCUUGGAUCAAUUAGGUCUACUAGACUGUCUCGAGGACAUCGACGCGAUCAGAGUCACCGGUUAUACGAUUUUCUAUUUCGGCGAGAAGGUCUUCAUCCCAUACCCAGCGAACGCUUCCGCUCUCCCCGACCAGCGACCCGAAGGUCGCUCGUUCCACCACGGCCGCUUCAUACAAAAACUGCGUUCCGCAGCCUCCGCCACCCCGAACGUCACCAUCGUCGAGACCACCGCCGUGGAUCUGGUCAAGAACGGGUGGACGGGUCAAGUGCUAGGCGUGGAGUGCGAGUCAAAGGACAAGAAAGACUGCUAUUUCGGUCAUCUGACCGUGGUCGCGGACGGAUACGCGUCGAAAUUCCGAAAAUCAUAUAUCAGCCGGCAGCCACAGUUCGGGUCAAGGUUCUGGGGUCUGGAGCUCAAGAAUGUGAAACUGCCGUCACCAGGCCACGGACAUGUAAUCUUGGGAGAUGGGGCACCGAUAUUGCUCUAUCAGAUCGGUUCGAACGAGACGCGGGCACUUGUGGACAUUCCCGAGGGCUGCCCGACUGCAACCAUCGCAGCGGGCGGCGUAAAAUCACACCUGCUGAACCACGCGCUAAAUGAUAUACCGGAGCAGGUCCAGCCUGCCUUCAAAGAAGCGUUGGAGAAAGGAGCAUUACGAAGUAUGCCGAACAGCUAUCUUCCACCCACGUCAAAUCGGACACCCGGCCUCUUGAUUCUUGGCGAUGCUCACAAUAUGCGGCAUCCUUUAACAGGAGGCGGGAUGACCGUUGCAUUCAAUGACGUGGUGGUGCUGCGGGAUCUCCUUGCGCCAGAGAAGUUACCAAAUUUCGAGGACACCAAGGCUGUAUUAAAGGCUCUCAAGUCCUGGCACUGGCGACGGAAGAAUCUCACCGUAGUCAUCAAUAUCCUUGCACAGGCGUUAUACAGUCUCUUUGCGGCAGACGACGCCGACCUCAAAGCCCUCCAACUCGGCUGCUUCGCCUACUUCCAACUCGGCGGCAUGUUCGUUGACGGUCCCGUCAGCCUGCUCGCCGGAAUCAUCCACAACCCUUUCGUCCUCUUCAUGCACUUCUUCGCCGUGGCGCUCUACUCGAUGUGGAUCUACGCCACUAAAUGGAACAUCUUGCUCAUGCCCGUCGCCCUCGCCAUGAGCGGAACGAUUUUCUUAAAGGCCUGCGUGGUCAUCUUCCCAUACAUCUUUUCCGAGCUUCGGUCAUAG